UCCCCAUUUGCUACCAGGGAAAGCCUGAAACCAUGGUGAUGGAGGCCUUACUGCCGGAAGAGUGGCUCAAUUUAGCUAUCCUCUGCGAGGCAGUUGCCUACAAGGCGAUGAGCAUCCUGGGGACGCUGGCGACCGUAUGGGCGACCGUCGUCCUGCUCGGUGGAUUCUCGACGCUGGUGAAGCAGACAGACUUUUGGUACAUCACCAUCAUUGCCUUCCUCCAAACCAUCGGGAUUUUCGGCGGCUAUGAGGAUCCCGCGCAUCAAUUUUUCAUGCGCGCACCGGAUGCGCUGAGAAGGUACAAGAAAGGUUUGGCGGAGGAGCACGGGGUUAGUUGGAGGCGACGAGAAGAAGAACCACAUCAAACUGGAGGCAGAAAAAGAGCAGCCAGCCGUCAAGACAAAGAGGAAGUGGGGUUUUUGGGUAUGGACCAAUUCCGCUCCCGCCUGGGGACAAUCUUCUAUCUGGGAUUCAUGUUGACGCAGCUGGCCGCGGUCACCACAUUGAUGGCCCUGUCCUACAAGCGUCUGAUGAAGCAUGACUACGUCGACCAACAGUACCAGGGACACGAUGACCACAGAAAUAUCAGGCGGUCCUUGAACAUUUUCUAUGGGCUGGUACUUGCCCAGGGUACCAUCUUCACCCUCUUGCUGCUAAACCCAUUCACGAGACGGCAAGUUGUAAAACUCCAGAGGGAGUACAUGCUAUUUGGCCGUUCAGGGCGUGACAUUGUCCACCGUUACAAGAAUGACAGCUACAUGGAAUUCAUCAUGGGUAAUGUGCGCCCCACCUUGUACAUGGACUUGGUGACAUUUGCCAAGAAUCUGGUGGUAUCCAGUUCCAUCGACGACCAGCUACUCGGCGUCCGCACCAUCGACAGAAUUCUAAGAUCUUUCGCUGGUGGCAAGGCCAGCAACAAGGUCCUGGCAAGGCUUCAAGCAUCCCUGGAUCCUGAGGCCACAUCCACGUUGGUCAGUAUGCUCGGCCUGGCCAUCAACAUCGACGAUGAGGAAGACAUAAGAGGUCACGCCGCAAGAUUAGUGCUGCGGCUUGCUCCGGGCCUCAUGGUAGAGAGCUUUCCCAGAAUCCUGAAUCUCAUAUCCUCUUUACUUAGCACAGAAAAGGAGAUGACGAGAGACAAGGACCUAGUUUGGUUUGGCCUGAGAAUUCUAGACAAGCUUACAGACAAUCCAGAAAAUUGUAGGCAAGCCAAAGAUUCUAAUGAUCUGCUGUCCAAGAUCAUAGACCUCACCAAUUUGUGUGGUCAUGCUGCAAUAGGUGGCAGGACCUCUGAAUCAUGGAUGAAAGAAGAGGUUCUUCCUUUGCUUCUAGCCGAAGAAGAGAUUCCUACUUCUUUCCAGCAAAAGAUUGAUGAAGAAAUUAUUGUUGGCAUGUCACUUAAUGUCUUGGGAAAGUUGCUUGCAGCACCUGGUAAAGCUGGCAAAGAACUUAGAUGCAAAACCUUUGAGAGUGUCCACUUCCACAGAAGUGCCAGGAUUAUAUCUGCACAUGUUGAAGCAGCAAGGGUCAUAUCAUGCUUAGCGAUGGAUGACAAACCAAAGACGGAGAUCGGGAGGUUUCCUGAUAUCAUCAAGAUGCUUAAGAAUUGUCUACAUCCAAAUAAGGCACAUGCAAAUAUGAAUAAAGUGGCUGCUAAAUUGUUGCUUCUAGAGUACGCUAGCAGUGAGCAGCUGCAUGAAAUUCAGUUGUUAAGAAAUCAUAUUCUGGAUGAAAAUCAGGGAGUGCUUCCACCAGUGUUGGCCAUCUUAGAGGAACUUGAUCUUGAAUAUCUGGAUGUGCCAAGAUGGGUGAAUCGCAUAAUACAAAAACUUGAUCUGGAAGAUUUACAUUCAGCGCCACGAGUAAAUACUGCAGAAGCAGCUGCUCAGGCAUUAGUUAUGCUCAGUACUGGUUCUACUUCUACUGGCUGCCAGGAAAACAUUGAGGCCAUCCUAGAAGAACUUAAUAAUGAGGAAGAGCUGCAGGAGAUAGUGAAUAUGCUCUCUGCUAAAUACGGAGAGAAAAGGAGAAGCACGGAGAUCAACUUAGAACAAUAUCAUCUGAGCACAAAAAUGUUUCAAGCAAUCAUGAAGAUAGUGUGUACUGAAGAUAGAGAUAAUAUAAGAAGCAUGGUCGCCAAACUCAUGCAGAAUUUGCGUGGCUACGCAGGGGCAAAAGAUUUUAAGAAGCAGAUGGAUAUAAUUGACAAGGCACUACCAGAGGUGUUGAAAUCAAUUAUACAUGAAGUAGUGAGGUUGGAGAGUGCAGAAUCUACAAGUGAAAAUAUGGUCAAAGCAAACGAUGAACUGAGAAUCAAAGAAGGCAAAGUACUAGAAAGCCUUAUCAGCCUCGCAGCGAAGAUUUUCAGCUCCAUGGAUGCAAGAGAUGUCAUCAAAACCCUCGAGGAUCCCAAUAUUACUGUGUGCCUAUUUGUCCAGAAGCUUAAGAAGGUGUUAGAAGUGUACAAGUCUCCAAUUACUGCAUAUCCAAGGAUACGGAAAUCUACAAUUGAAUUGAUGAAUUGGAUGAUAAGAAACAAUAGCAGUUACAUAGAGAUCCUCUUGCAAUGUGGGGUGUACGAACAACUAGAAGUGGUGAUCAAGACUGCUAGAAAACUCGAGAAUUUUGAGCUGUUUUACUAUGAUGUUGGGAUCGGUCAUCAUGAAACACCUAUCUCUUCCCUUGCCAUGGCAUUGCGGGAUCAGCUUUCCCUCAGCCCCAAGUUCCAAGAAAGGACCCACUGCUACAAAGAACAUGAAAGCUCCAUAUCUGUCGUUCUUAUUGCUUAAGUUAUCUUGGUAUUUGACUUGAUGCAUCCGAUCUGUUUGUGGACCAUUCUUUGUUGGUGCCUGAAUAAAUGUGAACGUUCGAUAAAUACCACGGAUACACAAUAUCCAAAUGUCUUAGUGUGAUGUUUAUGUGUGUGUGUGUGUAUUAUUUGGGAACAUUUGCAAUGUACUCUUAUAUUAUGAA